AAGAACUAACACAUAAGCCCAAAUACCUUCCCCCAACUAUAUAAACAAUUUCGCCCAAUUUCCCUAACCCUAAAUUCUCCAGUCUCUCUUGAUUCAGUGCGCCAUUGCUAGCCGAAGCGGAGGGCAGAAGACAGCGGAACUCAACAUCCGAAAAUGGGAAAGGUUCACGGAUCGUUGGCUCGUGCCGGAAAAGUUAGAGGCCAAACGCCGAAGGUGGCCAAGCAAGACAAGAAGAAGCAGCCCCGUGGACGUGCUCAUAAGCGCAUCCAAUACAACCGCCGUUUUGUCACCGCCGUUGUUGGUUUUGGAAAGAAGAGGGGCCCAAACUCAUCUGAGAAGUAAGCAUGUUGAUGAAUAGCAUAGUCUUGUAGCUUAUUAGUUGUUUUUGUGUUUACAAAACAAGUAUGGUGUCAUUAUACUUUUGAGUUAUGACAUUUUUUUAUUUUCAAUUUAAGAAGUGUUUAUGGCGAUUUUAUUACAAUCUACAUGUUUGAUGCAACCGAAAUGUUGUGUUGAGAUGUUGUUUGGUGCUUGAUUUUGCUAUAUCACAUUUGAUGAUUUGGUUUUA